GAGCGGGGCGGAGCGGAGUCCAGGUGCGCCUCGGCGUCCACUUGGCAGAGCGCCUGGGAGCCGCCUAUGGGCAGGAGAGGACCUGUCAAAUGCGGGCUUCCUUUAAUCCGAGCGACCAGUCCGGCUCCGAGAGUCAUGGCGACCGCAGCGUCUAACCACUACAGCAUCCUCACCUCYAGCGCAUCCAUCGUGCACUCGGAGCCCGGCAGCAUGCAGCAAGCGUCGGCGUACCGGGACGCGCAGAGCCUGUUGCAGAGCGACUACCCGCUGCAGAGCAACAGCCACACGCUCAGCCACGCGCACCAGUGGAUCACGGCGCUGUCCCACGGAGAGGGCGCCCCGUGGUCCUCCAGCCCGCUCGGAGCGGAGCAGGACAUCAAGCCGGCCGUGCAGAGCGCGCGGGAGGACAUGCACAGCUCCGGCAACAACCUGCAGCACCAGCAGUCGCGGCCGCCGCACCUGGUGCACCAGGCGCACGGGAACCACCACGACAGCCGCGCGUGGAGAACCACCACCUCGGCGCACAUACCGAGCAUGGCGACCACCAACGGCCAGAGCCUCAUCUACUCCCAGCCGGGCUUCGGCGUCAACGGGCUGAUCCCGGGCAGCGGGCAGGGGAUGCACCACCACAACCUCAGAGACACGCACGAGGACCACCACAGCCCGCACCUCAGCGAGCACGGCCACCCCGCGUCUCAGCACCAGCACCGGCCGCAGAGCCACCACGACCACUCGGACGAGGACACGCCGACGUCGGACGACCUGGAGCAGUUCGCCAAGCAGUUCAAGCAGCGGAGGAUCAAGCUGGGCUUCACGCAGGCGGACGUGGGGCUCGCCCUGGGGACCCUGUACGGAAAUGUGUUCUCACAGACCACCAUCUGCAGGUUUGAGGCCCUGCAGCUCAGCUUCAAAAACAUGUGCAAGCUCAAGCCUCUGUUGAACAAGUGGCUGGAGGAGGCGGACUCCACCUCGGGCAGCCCGACCAGCCUGGACAAGAUCGCGGCGCAGGGCAGGAAACGGAAAAAACGGACCUCGAUCGAGGUGAGCGUAAAAGGAGCUUUGGAGAGCCAUUUUUUGAAGUGCCCUAAACCGGCCGCGUCGGAAAUAAUCACGCUGGCGGACAGUCUUCACCUGGAGAAAGAGGUGGUGAGGGUUUGGUUUUGUAACAGGAGACAGAAGGAGAAACGCAUGACUCCUCCCGGAGGAGCGCUGCCGGGGAGCGAGGAUGUGUACGGGGACACGCCGCCGCACCACGGGGUCCAGACCCCGGUCCAGUGAACUCUGCAGGAACCGCUCCUCCGUUUCUCUCUUUUUUCAUUUUUUUUUUUCUCCAAGGAAAAAAAAAAAAAGAAGUCGUUUUUAUUUAUCCCUCAUGGUUAUAUAUAAAUCACUGGACUAUCAAACGA